GUCUCCCCUUCAUCACCAUCAACACCACGUCAACACCGCCCUCAACACCGUCAUUAUGAAGUAUAUGCUGGUGGUCGCUCUGGGCCUGGUGGCGAUGGCCGCCGCGCGCCCCAACACGAUCUUCGACUUCGAGGGUGACGACGCCGAGCACGAGCAGAAAGGCGUGGCGGGGAAGGCAGUCACCGGCGAGUACAAGUGGGAGAGUCCUGAGGGCCUGGACUUUGAGGUCAAGUAUAUCGCGGACGACCAAGGUUACCGUGUCGUAGAGUCCAACGCCUUGCCCAUAGCGCCCGCUGUCCCCGAAGUGCCCGAAGUCCCCGCCGCGCCCGUUGCCGUCAUUCGUACAGCGGAGGCGCAAGAGGAGGAGGAGGAGGAGGAGGAAGGUGAGGGUGAGGAGGAGGAGGGAGAAGAGGAGGAGGGUGAGGAAGAGGAGGGUGAGGAAGAAGAGGGUGAGGAGGAGGAGGGUGAGGCUGAGGCUGAGGCUGAGGAAGAGGAGGUGGAAGAGGAGGAGGAAGAGGAGGAGGAGUAAGAAGGAUGGAGAUAUUUUUCUUCCUUAUCUUACAUGUAUAGAGUAAAAAGAGGAAGAAGAGGACGAAGAAGAGGAAGAGGAAGAGGAGGAGGAGGAAGAGGAGGAGGAAUAGACUGUACUUCCUUACCUUACCUGAGAAGAGAAGAAAAAAAAUUGUUAAUGAGUUACCUGGUCAAGAGUACAGGUGUGUGUGUGUGUGUGUGUGUGUGUGUGUGUGUGUGUGUGUGUGUGUGUGUGUGUGUGUGUGUGUGUGUGUGUGUGUGUGUGUGUGUGUGUGUGUGUG